AUGGCUGUCGACCGAGGUCAAUGGCGUUCUUAUUGUCAGUUUCUAUUCAGAUUGCCUGAAUUAAUCUCUGGAGAUCGUCAUCCGCAUUGCCCACUAGUUCUCAUUAAACAGAGCGAUGCGCCAAACAUAGUUUGGUCAAGUUCCGCCAGUAAACUUAGUCGGGUGGGCAACUGCCAUCUCCCUGUAUGGGGACCCCGGGACUCAACUUGCCAGUGGUUAACGGCAUUGGCAGUAAUGGCCCAAUCGUACAGUCAGUGGCGCUCAAAGCUAUCGCUCUGA